GCUGACACAUAGACACAGACAACCAUUCACAUUCACACCUACGGUCAAUUUAGAGUCACCAGUUAACCUAACCUGCAUGUCUUUGGACUGUGGGGGAAGCCGGAGCACCCGGAGGAAACCCACGCGGACACGGGGAGAACAUGCAAACUCCGCACAGAAAGGCCCUCGCCGGCCCCGGGGCUCGAACCCAGGACCUUCUUGCUGUGAGGCGACAGCGCUAACCACUACACCACCGUGCCGCCUAGGCGGUGUGUAUGACUGGUAAUUACUGACAAUAAAUCCUGUCAUGAAGAAAAAAGAAAGAAAAAAUCUUCAUAUAAUAGCUUUUGAUUUUGGAGCCGGAAGUCAGUUUUCCUUACAAGUGACGUCACACUUAACAGCUGUCAUAGAAUCAUCUACCAGGUAGUUGUCAAAAUAAUUUUCUCGCUUUGUGAUUGGUCGAUAGUCUUUCUUUUUCACUUUCCCGUCUUCUAAGUUUUUUUCUUCUGUUAAAAUUCGUUUUCUUUCUUCACUUAAGUUUUGCUUUCUUUCUUUUUCACUUUCCCAUCUUCUAAGUUUUUCUUCUUCUGUUAAUUCAUUUUCUUUUUCCUUUGUUCUCCUCUGCCAUCAUUUCCAGAUGUAUAAUUCCAUAUACUUUUAAACUGGAAGUUGUUAUUAUUUAUUUCGGCCCGCGCGAUCGGAGCACCAUACCUAAGAAAAAAUGGUAAACCCAUCAAGUCAACUAACCGGCCACUUGCUCCCGGCCGUUCGAAAUUUACAAACGCUGACAAAGUUAGUUGUUUUUUGCAGACACUUUGCAGUGAUUUGCUAGCUUUGAAUUCCCUGGUCUUAACUUGGACCAACACAGAACGACUAUUCUCGAUCCUUUUCAUUUGCAAACUUUUCGAAAGCAAAACUGGGCUUCCUGUGGUGGUACACGUACACGGACAAACCACAAAAAAAUAGACUCGAUGGGUUUACCAUUUUUUCUUAGGUAUGGUGGUCCACUCGCGUGGGCCGGGAGCUCCGCUAUGACUGGUAAUUACUAACACUGACCACUAGGCGGUGUGUAUGACUGGUGGUACACGUACACGGCAAGCAAAGGGGAGUCCCAUAUACGAUUCGUACAUUGGGAGAGUGCCUGUUAGAGAGCGCACUUGUCCUGGGCCAUCGGCAUAGUGAGGUAGGGUGGCCAGUUCCUUUCCUCGCCGCCUUUAACUUCCCCAGUGUUUCCACCAGGUCCCCAUUCACUGCUGGGUGGACAGGGAGCGAGCCCCAGAUCCCCGUCGAGCCGAGGCUCGAACCAGGGACCGUUCGCUUAGCGGUCAAGCGCUCUAACCACUUGGCCACCUGCGCUCCACACGUACACGGACAAACCACAAAAAAUCGACUCGAUGGGUUUACCAUUUUUUCUUAGGUAUGGUGCUCCGCUGGGAGCGCCGCUAAAAAUGUUUCUAAGUGAUUUUUCAAUGCAUUUUCAGUAAAUAUUGAAAUAAUACAAUGUUUGGAUGAAAUGUGUGUAGUGUCACAUGUUUUGAGUAAAUUGUCACAUGACCAGAGCUGUUUACUUCCUGGUUGCACCUUGAGAAGAGGAUGGCUGCCUCAAAGCUCCCAAAGAACAGAUUCACUUUGAGUGAAGUUCUUGAUAUGUUGGAUGAAGCUGAUGGCCCAGACAAGGCAUGCAACAUUGCAGUUAUCCCUCAAAAUGAGAAAGAUGCCGAUUGUGAUAGUGAUGGGUCAGAUAUGGACUAUGAGGGGGAGAUGGGCCAUUUGCCAACCAGGAUGUUGAAUGCAGAUGCUGAACUUAUGGGGACAGAUCAUGACAGGAACAACAUUGAUUAUGAAUUCCCCAUCCCCCACCCCACUAGCUCUCCCUUACCAUCUGGCCUUGUUGAAAAUGAAGAGUACAAGGCCUCUACAAGCCAUACCGGGCAGCCACAAGAGCCAAAGGCAAAGCUGCAGGAGAUCAAAAAUAAAGAUCGCGAUAGGAAUAUUAUCAGUGCUAAUGGCCUAACCCUCCCCCACUACCCCUUCUCUACCAUUCUCUACUGCUCAAGUGCCAAGGUCCUCUAGCCGCCAGAGAGGCCAGUCUGAGGAACCUCCAAGGUCCUCUAGCCGCCAGAGAGGCCAGUCUGAGGAACCUCCAAGGUCCUCUAGCCACCAGAGGGGCCAGUCUGAGGAACCCCCAGGGUCCUCUAGCUGCCAGAGGGACAAGUCUAAAGAAGCCCUAAGGUCUUCUAGCUGCCAGAAGGACAAGUCUAAAGAAGCUCUAAGGUCUUCUAGCCACCAGAAGGACCAGUCAGAAGGUCCAUGGGCACAGCCAGAGGUGGUCAAAAAUAAAGACAGAGUGUUCAAAUGAUCAAAAAGGCCAACCACUACUACCAUUCCUGAAUACAUAGUAUACAGCCCAAAUGCUGCUGAAUGUGUCAAACAAAGCUGUCCUGAUCCAAUGGAUGUUUUCCUACUAAUGUAUCCGCCCACCCUAAGAGAGAUCACUGUUGAAAUGUCCAACCUUGACUCCACCCAGACCAAGGACAAGCAACUGGAUAUGAGUAUGGAUGAGCUCCUUGCAUUCUAUGGGAUCCUUCUGGCAUCUGGCUACAGCACUGUUCCAAGAAAAUGUAUGCACUGGUCGCGCGACAGUGAUGUACAUAAUGAAAGCAUUUCAAAUGCAAUGCGGAGAAAUCAAUUUGAUGAAAUAAUGGCCUCGCUACAUUUUGUUGACAACACAAAGAUCACCGAGGACCCAUUUUUCAAGGUUAGGCCCAUCUUCACCGAGCUUAACAAGUCAUACAAAGUCAUGCCAUAUCCAGAAUGGUUGUCAGUGGAUGAAAGCAUGGUUCGAUAUUAUGGCCGCCAUGGAUGCAAGCAAUUCAUAAAAGGCAAACCAAUCCAUUUUGGUUAUAAGAUCUGGAGCUUUGCUUCGUCCAGUGGGUACAUGCAUCAUAUGGAGCCAUAUGGGGGACGCCACACACUCCUCCCAGAGACUGCGUUAGGCCAGGGGCUGAGUGUCAUUCUCGGUCUUGCAGACCAAGGUGAGGUGCCUCAAGGUUGUAAAUUCCACCACGACAACCUCUUUACUUCCCUUGCACUCCUGGAUGACAUGACGAAGAGGGGAUAUGGAAGCUGUGGGAGAAUGAGGGAAAACCGUCUCUUUAAUGUUCCCUUCAAACUGAAGAGGGAAUUCAUGCAGUUACCCCGAGGAACCUCCGAAGUUCUAACGCAAGGAGAGAAGCUGCUGGUCCGCUGGAAGGACAACAACAUUGUCACUAUAGCAACAAACAUGGAGAAGAACUAUACUGAGACAGUUGUCAAGCGAUGGAAUAAAGAGUGACGUGCCUUUGACCAAGUCCGACAACCACAAUGCAUCAAGCAACAUAAUGAUCACAUGGGAGGUGUAGACCUUCAUGACCAACAGGCCUCAAGAUAUAGCAUCACGAUCAGGUCCAAGAAGUGGUGGUGGCCCAUCUUUGCAUGGUCUCUCAAGAGUGCCCUCGUAAAUAGCUAUUACUUUUACAGAGAAGUUAUGGGAGGGACCAUUGACCUGCUCACGGGUGGUGGCACAGUCUCUUAUGCAAAGGUUUGGCACAAAGCCACUGAGCCACGGAAGGAGAUUUCUACUGGCUGCUAUUGUUCAAGAUCAGGCAAGAUAUGACCAAGACUCUCACUGGCCAAUCAACACGGGGAAUCGUUUCCUGAGAUGCCGUCUGUGUGAUAAACGCACCACCUAUGCAUGUGAAAAAUGCAAGGCGCCACUGCACAUUGAGUGCUUUAAGAUAUACCAUGGAAAGUACAAAAGAAGAUAAAAGUGAAUGUAAAGGGCUGAAAGGGCCAACAAACAAAGAAUAUUGAAGUCAUCAAAGG